GUUUGCGGUUCUGUUACUGUUUCUCCAAUUUAUCUAUGGCGAUACCUACUGUGCAGUGGUCCGUUAUGGCAUGGCAUUGUAAAAGAAAGUAAACAAAGCAUUAAAUAAAGAAUUAAUUAACAAUCCCUGAAAUCGAAAAUCAUUUAUUAGUCUCUGUUAACGAACAAUACAUUACGUUGGAAGACACAUGGAAGGUUUUGAUGCCAUAUAUUAUGAGGAAGAAAUAGAAAAUGAGGAAAAUACACCAGCCGACGUAUCGUUGGUUCCUGAUCCCGUGGUAAUUAGGGGUGCUGGUAAUAUGACUGUCUUUGGUUUAAGCAAUAGAUUCAAUACGGAAUUUCCUAGUGGAUUGGUAUCAAGAGUGGCUCCAGAGGAAUUUAAAGAAACUGUAAUGAGAAUAAAUGGCAUUCUUAAAAAAACACUUCCAAUUAAUGUUAAGUGGCUAUUUUGCGGAUGUCUUUGCUGUUGUUGCACUCUUGGUUGUUCUUUGUGGCCCGUAAUCUGUCUUAGCAAGAGAACACAGCAUUCUUUGAACAAACUGUUGGAAUGGGAGAACAGUUAUUUAUAUAACAAGUUAGGACUGCAUUGGAGGUUAAGCAAACAGCAUUGUGACUCAUCUUCAAUGAUGGAAUAUGUAAUACUUAUAGAAUAUUUACCGAAAAUACCUAUAUACAGACCAGAUUAACAAAAUCUCCUCUUAUACUCUUCAGAGAUCAAUUAUUGUAUAUAUUUUCAGAUUAUUUUUGAAUUAAGUUAUUUAAUACCUAGUUAGGCUUGUAAAUAAAUCGAUAUAUUUGUGAUAAUAGGCUUAUUGUGAAUUUAAACUACAUUAUGUUUUAGUGAUUAUAAUCUUUUAAUUAAGAGUACAAAUUUACGAAUGUGUUGUAUUUUUUAAUUAAUUUGGUUGAUA